AGACUCAGCGAUCUGUGCGCGCACCCGUGCAGUAUCGCCUGCCUGUGUUGCUUGUAGCAGGAAAUGUAAUGGACGGGUUGAGUGGUUGUUGAUGUCCCUCUUUUACCUGAAUCGGUAUUUUGACUUUUUUUUUUCUAAUUAAAAUAUAAACACUGGUUUGUUUUGAAUGAUCACAAGCUAUACGGUGUUGCUGUGUUAUCAUCAUCAUCAUCAUCACUACAGUUUCACUACCGGACGUACAGUGUCUGAGAUACUUCACCUGGAUGAAGCUGUGUGCCACUGAUUUGACUGGAAAUUUGACUGACUGAGGGAAAUGCGGCUUAGUGGAAGGCCACAACAGCAACGGCAGAAUGAAACCCUGGUAACCAUGAACGGGCUCAUCUCUUCAGGCCUGUGUGGCGUUUUGUAACCUGGUUUAAAUUGUUUCUGCUGGCCUUCACACUUCGUGAUCAUGGGCUGGAAGCUCUCCUCCCAGAAGCUUGGCUUUUUCCUUGUGACAUUUGGCUUCAUAUGGGGCAUGAUGCUCCUACACUUCACCAUCCAGCAGCGGACUCAGCAUGAAAGUAGCAGCAUGCUUCGGGAGCAGAUCCUGGACCUCAGCAAGCGCUACAUCAAAGCACUGGCAGAGGAAAACCAGAAUGUGGUGGAUGGGCCCUAUGUUGGGACAAUGACAGCAUAUGAUUUAAAGAAGACUCUGGCUGUACUCCUAGAUAACAUUAUGCAGCGACUGGGGAGGUUGGAAUCCAAGGUGGACACCCUGCUUUUCAAUGGCACUGGGGGAAACUCGACAAACACCACCAUCACUGUCGGUCCCAUCCCAGGGAACACAGAGAAAGUCAACGUGGCAGAUCUCAUUAAUGGGGCCCAGGAACAAUGUGAACUGCCUCCCAUGGAUGGCUUUCCUCACUGCGAGGGCAAAGUGAAGUGGAUGAAGGACAUGUGGCAGUCAGACUCAUGUUAUGGCAGCUAUGGUGUGGACGGGUCCACCUGUUCUUUCUUUAUUUAUCUCAGUGAGGUUGAAAACUGGUGUCCUCGUCUUCCAUGGAGGGCAAAAAAUCCCAAUGAAGACUCUGACAUAAUGGUAAAGUCUGAAAUCCGGACGGGUUUGGAGGAGCUGUACAGAAUGAUGUCCAGGCGUGAGGAGUUCCGCUGGAUGAUUCUGCGGAUAAAGAGAAUGGCAGAUGCCUGGAUGGGAGCCAUCCGAUCCCUGGCUGAGAAGCAGAACCUUGUGAAGCACAAGCGGAAAAAGAUACUCGUUCACCUGGGUCUCUUGACAAAGGAAUCGGGUUUCAAGAUUGCAGAGAAUGCAUUCAGUGGUGGCCCCCUCGGUGAACUGGUACAGUGGAGUGACUUAAUUACAACCCUCUACCUACUGGGCCAUGACGUCCGGAUUUCAGCAUCACUGGCUGAGCUGAAGGAGAUAAUGAAAAAGGUAGUUGGCAACAAGUCUGGCUGCCCAACCAAGGGUGAUAAAGUGGUGGAGCUGAUUUACAUCGAUAUUGUUGGGCUCACUCAGUUCAAGAAGACGCUUGGUCCUUCCUGGGUACAUUACCAGUGUAUGCUUCGUGUGUUGGAUUCAUUUGGCACGGAACCAGAGUUCAACCACGCUCAAUAUGCACAGUCGAAGGGACAUAAGACCCCAUGGGGGAAGUGGAAUCUGAAUCCCCAGCAGUUCAACACCAUGUUUCCGCACACACCAGACAACAGCUUUCUUGGAUUUGUGGUGGAGCAGCACCUCAAUGCCAGUGACACAAAGCAUAUUGAUGACAUCAAAAGGCAAAAUCAAUCCCUUGUGUAUGGAAAAGUGGCUAACUUCUGGAAGAACAAGAAGAAAUAUCUGGACAUUAUUCAAACCUACACGGAGGUCCACGGCACGGUUCACGGAACGAGCACAGCCCACCUGCCCAGCUACGUGAAAAACCACGGCAUCCUCAGUGGCCGGGACCUGCAGUUCCUACUGAGAGAGACCAAGCUGUUUGUUGGCCUUUCCUUCCCCUAUGAAGGGCCAGCUCCAUUGGAAGCUAUUGCUAAUGGCUGUGCUUUCCUGAAUCCAAAGUUUAACCCACCGAAAAGCAGCAAGAACACAGACUUCUUCAAAGGCAAGCCAACUCUGAGAGAGUUAACAUCUCAGCACCCCUACGCAGAAGUGUAUAUCGGGAAACCUCAUGUCUGGACAGUCGACAUCGAGGAUCCUGUUGAAGUGGAGAAAGCAAUCAAAGCCAUUCUAAGCCAGAAGAUUGAGCCAUACCUGCCGUAUGAGUUCACCUGUGAAGGUAUGCUGCAAAGAGUCAACGCUUUCAUCGGAAACCAGGAUUUCUGCCACGGUCAAGUGAUGUGGCCGCCCCUGAGUGCGCUCCAGGUGAAGGUCACUGAACCAGGGAAGUCCUGCAAACAAGCCUGUCAGGAGAAGCAGCUAAUCUGCGAGCCGUCCUUCUUCCAGCACCUCAACAUGGACAAAGACCUGCUCAGGUAUGGAAUAGAAUGCCAGACCAUGGAGUCUGCAAAUGACAACGUGGUGCCGGCCUAUGAUGAAAGGAAGAAGCACUGUGUUUUUCAGGGCGACCUGCUGCUCUUCAGCUGUGCUGGAGCUCAUCCAAACCUUAAACGCAUCUGUCCUUGUCGGGACUACAUGAAAGGACAGGUUGCACUCUGCCAGGAGUGUCUCUAGCAGCUGCCAAGCGUCACGAAGCAAUGACAUGACAGAUCCACACAUGCCCAGAGCCCAGUAACAGGGACCCACUCUACUGGGCAGAGAAAGGAAAACGAUCUGUAUCUUCUCUUUGCAUCCUUUUUCAAAAAGGAAUGUUUGAUGUUAGAAAAGACAGUAGAAUUAUAAUUAACAUGUACACAAGUUUGAAAUAUACACAAAGUGGAGAAAAUGGAGACUGAUGAUAAAAGAAGUGGCCACUUAACACACAGUUGAGGUCCAAUGAUUGUACUGCUGUGCACAUUGCAAUGACCCAGGCACUAGAAGUUACACAAACUCAAAUCAAUCCAACUUAAAUAAAAUGACGGAGGGGCUGAAAUGUUUGCAUAAAGAACUGUCUACUGCCAGACCCGGCUGGUUGUGGUGCUCAAAUGUUUAACGUGGCAUUGAUGUGCUUUUUGAACAUUUACCUAUCUGAGAAUUCAUUUCCAUCUCCAAAUUGCAAUGGGGGACCAAUAAAGAUAAGAAAGUGGAUUAUUUCGAUGUCCAGCCUCUAUUAUCCAAGAGAUAAAAAAUAUAUAUAUAUAUUCAAACUAGGUUUUCAACAAAUGACAUCCACAGAAGAUGUUUAGCUCCUAGGUUUGCACUAGUUUGUCCUGAGGUAAUAGAAAAAAACUAACAAUCUAGAAAUAAAUGUUAACUGUCUUUGUAAGUGUACCGGUCUCAUGUUAUGUAAAUGUACUGCCUUCUAUAGCCAGUUACAUAGAAGAGUGUGCGUCGGGAAUAUAGCAGUAGAUUUGAUCAGAAAGCUGUUAAUAAACAAGGCAUAGUCUGCUUACUAAAUGACAAUAUGCAAUAUGUAUAAAAUCAUUGUGUGGUUGCAUCCACAUGUGUCGUGCAAACGUGUCAUAUCUGUGCACCUUUAUGUUCCACUUGGUAGUUAAAUGUCCCCAGUUAUGGUGGCUGCAUGAUUCGAGUCAUCUCUUUUACCUACCUAAAUUAACCCAAGGGAACAGUGAAUUGCUUCUGUGAAAGAACUAAAUUGGGAAUCAAAUGGUUAAAAAUCAUGAGGACAUUUUUUGUGACCUCUGUUAGAUAAGUGCAGCCUGAACUGUCUGCAUCAUUUUUCAAAUAAUAGUGCAAAACUAGACUCUGCUUCACACCCUAAUUACAGAACCCCAACAAAUCUGCCUGGGGCCGUGCCAUGUGGAAAGGCAGUUUUUAGUUCUUGUCUAAAAGCAGCUGGCAGAGAGCCUCUGGUAGGUAGAGGGGAGUCUGUGAACAAGGUUGCUUAGGCUCUCCCUGAUGUAAAAUGUUUCUUGUUUUUCAUUUGGUUCGUAUAGUUAACAGUGUUACAGCAAAGAAAGAAGCAGAAAAAUCAAACAUUGUUAAAAACAAAUGCACUAUCUUGAGGACUAUAUUUGCUAAAACAAUACUGAAGGUAUAAUUACACUGUAUAUUGUUGAAAUUGAGUUUUGUAAAUCUUUUAUUAUUAUUUAUUUUGAUUACAGAAUUAUUGCUUUAAAUGUCUGCUAAAAAUUGUAAUUUACUUUAUGCAACAUAGAAUCCUUUUUUUCAAGAUACUUUAUUUAACAAAUCAUUUCAUUAACUUUAAGAGUAAAAAUAUAUACAAUUGGCAGUUCUUUAAAUUCACUUUUUUGAGGUGCGAUUGUGCAUAAGGGAACAUGUAUAGUUCACCCUAUCUCUUAUGGUAUAUCCAUAUUUUUGGCAUCCACAUUGACUUAUUGCAAGUCAUUAAAAAGAAAAAAAGCUUUGUUCCAUACAUUUUUUUUUUACUGUAACCUUAACUUAAAAAAAUGACACGUGCCUGUCUUUUUGUUAGAUAGUUUUCAGAGCACAAGAAGACUGAACAAGAAAAGUCAGGACUAUUUGAUGGCUGGGGCAGGGGACUGGUUUAUAAUGACACAAUGAAAAUGAAAACGUUUUUUUUUAUUCUUAUUUAAUAGCACCCAACUUUAUUUAAUGGUUAAUUUAUUUUAAUUUUUUUUUUAAUUAAGGUAUUGAAAUGCUUGUUGUUUCUCCAAAAUCAUCCUUGUGUGACUGCUGAGUGGAAACUCAAUUACUCAGUAAUUGCUGCAUGUUCUCUUGAAACAGAUGUGGGGGGUUUAAUGGGAGAAAGAAACUAUACGAAAUGUGCCCUAUAUGUUCUAAAUGCCAGUAAGAACCUCUUUUUAUAUUGUAUACACUACGCAAAUACGUUUGUAAAUAGAGAUUCUGCAUAGUUCUUUUUUUAGUUUGUUGUUAUUAUUCUUAUUAUUUUCCUGCCAUCAUUGUUGUUGCUUAAGUGUUUGUAAAUAAAGAGAGAAUUACCUGCAGCCAAUAUACUGUUUUAAAAUUCAUAAUGUGCCUUUGAUGGGUAGUAGAUUUGCUGUUGUUUUGUCCACAGAUAGAGCUAGAGAAACUACUACUGCCUGAGUAGAUUAAAUUGAAUAGUCUGAUACCAUCUAAAUAGUCGGCUUACCUUUAAUGAAAAAAAAAAUAAACAAAUAACCUUAAAACAGCUGUGUACAUAGAAACAAAUCUUUGGAUUAGGCAAAUCAUGUUAUCAAUGCUGUUUUUCAGAUGUGUAAAUUGCUUUGUGAGGUGUAAUGUUUUUCAAGCACCGGUGGAUGCAUCUGCUCGUUAUUGUAGUGGUGGAUUUUUCUGUCAUGCAAGUUUCCCUGUCAAAGACAAUUCUUGUAAACAUAGAGAAAGCAUGCCUACAGGAAAAUAAAGGAUGGAGUGUCUGCUAAUUGACAAAACUUGCAAUAAAUGUAUUGCUUGUAAGAACUGUCUCCCUCAAACGCUUUCCGAUUGUGUCCUCCAGCUGUUCAGAUUUAGAAUCCAUUUUGUCAAUUACUGUAAAGCCAUAAAUAUUUGCAAGCCUUUCAUAAUGCGUUUUUCAUUUUUGGUGCGAAUAUCAAAUUCCACUCACAAUACAUACUUUGUAUAUUGCAACAGAUCGACAACAUUUCUCGAGCAAAAUAGGUUAUAUGGGUGUGAUUCGCCAGAUAUUUUGGUUGCAAAUAUUUAUGGCUUUACAGUAUUCUUUUUUAAUGUUUUUAGCUUGUUUUAAUGAAAAUGCACUCCUGCAAUUUGAAUCCAUUGAGUCGGCCUAAUGUCACUGCUUUUAUUCCAGACAGAGGCUUGCGGCAGUCUUGACACGCACUGAAUGUGUGACUGUUGUCCGUUUCUACACUCCGGCAGUCUCAAUCUAGGACAGGCAGGUUGUAUAGUACUGUUUAUGAACUGAUGGGUUCUGACUGGUUGCUUGUGUAUAAACUCAAGUGGUUUAAAUUAAAAGAGAGAAAGAAAAAAAUGUUUUUGAUGUAUAAUGCAGGAUAAAACUUUAUUUUUCAAUAAACCUUUUCUGUGACACAGAA